CUUUCUCGUUUGUUUCGUUAUGUCAUGUUGACGUGACAAUUUGAAAUAUUACGUGUUUCCCAUAUAGUAAAGGCGACUAUAUAAACCAUUUUUAUUUGAUCGCUCAGAAAAACACUUGCCAAAAACACAGAAACUUUCUACAAGGAACAAAGAAAAACCGCACCAUAUUCAACAACACAACAAAGAAAUAACAAUGUUCAAGUCACUCAACCCCCUCAACAACAACAACAACAACGACAACGAGGACACACCUCCCAUCCCAGACCCCUCCAUCGAACCCGGCCAAGACGAAGAUCUCCUCGCCUACGCAACCACCAAAAAAUUAGAGGAACUCGCUCAACAUGCUCACCCCCUUUCUUCCACCACAUCAUCAUCAUCAACAACAUCUGGUUUUGAUUCUGCACAGCAAUUAGCGUCACGGACCUCCCAAACAGCAUCGGAAGCCAUUCAAGCGACCAAAGAUUCUGUUCAGGAUGUAUCGUCGGUUACUAAUGAAGAUGAUGUGGGUAUUGGACACAAGGUUGCGGGCGUGACGGAUUAUGUUAGACAGAGGGCGGGCGAUGCGUUUGAGGAAGCUAAAAAGGGGGCUGGGUUUGGACAGAGGUAGUGACUUGUGGUUUUUGUAGGAUUGUUUUUUCUUUCGAUGAGUCGCUGUUUUUGCGAAAGAUGCUUCCUUUUUUGAUGUAUAUGGUGGGAGGUGUGUAAUAUUGAGCGAUUUGAUGGAUGUUUUGUUCGCACAGCACAUGUCUUGGUUUGCGAAUGAUUUAUGUAGAUGGAUCGGGCCGAACACACAAAGACUGUGAAUGCUUCAUCUUGUCGAAACACUUCUUGUUCGCUCAACAAGAUCAUACACAGAUGGAUGGAUCACUUUGACUAGAAAACGCACAAUCCCCGUCUUCUCCAAUGACAACCAAUACAUAUAUGAAGAAGAACGUUUAAAACACUACAGCACACAUGCGCCUCAAAC